GAGAGAUAGAGGAUUAGAGUAUUUUUACCGCAGAGUCUCACAGGAGCAGACUGGACUGAGGAGAUUGAAGAGGACGGUGGUGAAGGAGCCGAGCCAACGGUAUAAGUGUUUGGCCCUCGCGGCGCUGGUCUCGGGGCGGCCGCGUUGCCUCCCUGCAGCAUGGGCUUUCUGGAGAACUACCAGGAGAUCGACCCAGUCACUCUGAACCUGUGCAUCCUCAUCGCCAGCUACGUCAUCCUCCUCCUCGUCUUCCUCAUCUCCUGCAUCAUGUACGACUGCAGAGGGAAGGACCCGACCAAAGAGUACGCCCCCGAACCCGCCCCCACGCAGUCCCCCAUACGCCUGGUUGUCAUGCAGAGCUCGCCAGCGCCCGUCGCCCGCUGGGACGCCGCCAACAUGAUCACCACCUACCACGACCACACGGACUUUAGGGAGAAGAAGUCGACCAUGGUCUGA